AAAGAGAAAUUAAAAAGGCAGCUUUAGUAAAUAACCCUACAAGUCCUUCUCAGUGGAGGGAAUGCCUUUUGUAUUAUACUUAAAGUUUUCUUAGAAAAAAGGCCACCAUGAGAUUUCUUCCUAGAAAUAACAGUAGCCAGUUGUGGCAUAGUUUGAGAAACCAGGAUGUAACUUUUGAAGCUGCUAAAACUCCACACUGCAGUAUGUACAUCCUCCCUGAUCUAAUUGACAGAUCUGAUUGACAUAUUCUUUGUCUCCCAGCAACAGGUGUGCCCUGGGGCUAUGAAGAGACCAGGACACUCCUGGCUAUUCUUAGUAGUUCUCAGUUUUAUGGAAAACUCCAGACCUGUCAGCAGAACAGCCAGAUCUACAGGGCCAUGGCGGAACGACUCUGGGAGCAGGGCUUUCUGCGGACCCCAGAACAGUGUCGAACCAAGUUCAAAAGCCUACAGUUGAGUUACUGCAAAGUGAGGAGAGGCUAUGUGCCUGAGCCUUGUAUCUUUUAUGAGGAAAUGGAUGCUUUUUCAAACUCCUGGGCCUCUGUGCCUCCUAUGGCAAGCGAUGCUGUUCCUGACCAAAAAGGAAGUGAUAUCGAGGCUGGAGAGCUGAGUCACCAGAACAGGGAGCACACAGAGGUAGAAGAUAGCACUGUGGAUGGUGCAGACAGGGAUGAAAAGGACUUCAGCAAUCCUGGCCAGGAAGUCAGGAAACUUGACCUGCCAGUGCUGUUCCCAAACAGACUUGGUUUUGAGAUCAAGAAUGAGAUUAAAAAACAAAAUCUAAAAUGGGAUGAUUCAGAGGAAGUAGAAAUGAACAAGGCUUUACAGAGAAAGUCUAGAGGAGAAGUUUUCUGGCACUCUGGGCUACAAAAAGACAUGGAGAGUGAGCCUACAUCAAGAAGGCAAUGUAGAAACUCACCAGGGGAGAGUGAGGAGAAACCCCCAUCCCAGGAAACGAUGAGUCACCAGAGUUUUUGUGCCAGGGACAAAGUCUGUACACAUAUCCUGUGUGGGAAAAACUGCUCUCAGAGUGUACACUCUCCCCACAAGCCAGCGCUCAAACUGGAAAAAGUAUCUCAGUGUCCUGAAUGUGGGAAAAGCUUUAGCCGAAGUUCUUAUCUUGUUCGACAUCAGAGAAUCCACACCGGCGAGAAGCCUCACAAGUGCAAUGAGUGCGGGAAAGGCUUUAGUGAGCGCUCCAACCUCACUGCCCACCUACGAAUUCACACAGGGGAGAGGCCCUACCAGUGUGGGCAGUGUGGGAAAAGUUUCAACCAGAGUUCCAGCCUCAUUGUCCACCACAGGACCCAUACAGGGGAGAAGCCUUACCAGUGCAUUGUCUGUGGAAAAAGAUUUAACAACAGUUCCCAGUUCAGUGCUCACCGGCGUGUCCACACUGGGGAGAGCCCAUACAAGUGUGCAGAGUGUGGGAAGAGCUUCAACAACAGCUCCCACUUCAGUGCCCACCAGAAAAUCCACACUGGUGAAACGCCUUACUAGUGUUCUCACUGUGAGAAAAGCUUCACUAAGAACUCCGCCCUCACUCGUCAUCAGACAGUACACACAAAAGUAGUACUCUCAUCACAGGAAGGAAGAGAUGUGUUAUGAGUGUGUAGGAAACCUGUCAUAUCAGUUCCUUAGGUCAGUUUGUAUGUGUUCCUUAGAGCUUUCUUCUGUGGAGAGAUCUAGCCAGUCCCUGACUUAGCAACAGACUUACUAACUACUGGAUCUUAAGAUCCAUGUCCAGGAACAGGAGUCAGCAUAAGGAUGCUGACCUCUUCUUCUGGUUGUGGCUGUGACUCCAAAGUCCUGUCUUACUGUGACUUAAAGUCUGAUGGAGAGAAAGCUGUAGGAUCCAUAAAUUCUGCCAGGAAACCAGGAUCUUCGUGUUCCUAACAACACUGAGAAUGGGCACCCAGUGGUCUGAGAACACUUUCUGAGCUAUUGUGGUCCUCACACAGGGCUGAGAAAGAAAGUGUCCCUGCUCCUGGGAAGCACAUGUAGAAGUUAAGAGCCUGAAUCUCUUCUAAACCUAUAAUUGACCUGUAGGCACCCACCAUACUACUGCUACCUUCAGGGCAGAAGAUACUACUUUUUAUAACCUAGCCAUCACAAAAGGAAAGAAGAAGGGUUAAGCCAUUGGAUAAUCUGAAUUUGUUUCCCUAAGUGACUUAAUCUUAGAGCAAGCAUAGCAUCCAGGUUAAUUUUUGUAAGAUUUCUCCUUUUAUUAUCACCCUCAUCAUAGUUCCCAAUUGACUCUUAAAAGUAAGUGGUUUAUAGAUAUUACUAUUUCUGAUAAUAGUUUACAAACUACUAUAAACAAAUUUAUAAACAUUACUGUUUCUGAAGAAAAUAAAGUUGUUUCUCCCUCCA